GCAAGGACGGGCGGCAUUCCCUAUUGAUUUAUCCGCCCGCGGCAGCGGAGCAGCGGCACCACACCAGCGCGGCGCGGUGCGGCGGCCAACCAGAAGGACGAAGCGUAGCGGGCGGAGCCAGCCAGCCAGCCAACCAACAAACCAACGGACGACGGAAGAGGCGAAGGCCCGCCGCGAAGCCGAGCCAAUCCGGCCACGCUGCCCUGCCCCGCGCUCCGCCGCUCCUCUCGGGAUCCGCCCGCCCGCCCGGCGUGAUCUCGCCGCCUCGCCCGCGGUUGGGGCUCCGGCCGCACGCCCCCAUGUGUCCCGGAGCGGAUCGCCGCGCGUAGAGGCCGGGUGGGGAGAGGGAGUUUAGUGUUGGGGCAGGCCAGGCAGGGAAGCGUCGCCUUGCCGUGUCCCGCGGCGAGAUGGACGCGAGUGCCGGCUCCUUCGUCGCCGUCCGCCGGCUCUCCGGCUCCGACCGCGCCGCCGCCUUCCACCACUCCUCCUCGGCGGAGGUGGUGACGGGGUCGUCGGCGUGGAUCGGGAGGGGGCUCUCCUGCGUCUGCGCGCAGAGGAGGGACAGCGAUGCGCGCCUCUCCUUCGAUUUGACGCCUACGCAGGAAGAAUGCCUACAGAGGCUACAGAAUAGAAUAGAAGUUCAGUAUGAUAGUGCAAACAGAGAGCAUCAGGAAGCAUUACGGGCUCUUUGGUGUGCUGCUUUUCCUGGAACCGAGCUUCGGGGUCUAAUAUCAGAACAAUGGAAAGAGAUGGGUUGGCAAGGGAAAGACCCAUCUACAGAUUUUAGAGGUGGAGGCUUCAUCUCCUUGGAGAAUCUGUUGUACUUUGCAAGGAACUAUCCGAAAUCUUUUCAGGAACUUCUUCGCAAGCAGAAUGGUGACCGUGCAAUCUGGGAGUAUCCAUUUGCUGUAGCUGGUGUAAAUAUAACCUUCAUGCUCAUUCAGAUGCUUGAUCUCCAAGCAGUUAAACCAAGGUCAUUGUUUGGAGCAGUUUUCCUAAAGCUUCUUUCAGAAAAUGAUCAAGCAUUUGACAUUCUCUACUGCAUAACCUUCAAGCUGAUGGAUCAGCAAUGGCUUGACAUGCAUGCUACUUACAUGGACUUCAAUAUGGUCAUGAAAUCAACACGGCGUCAGCUAGAAAGGGAGCUUUUGAUUGAGGAUAUUCAGCGGAUUGAGGACAUGCCAUCAUACAGGCUUCUAGCCCGGUAGCUAGAAGAAACCGAAAAUCUUAACAUGGCUACACGUUGCAAGCCUUGAGUUGCUGAUGGAUUGCAACUGGCACCCACAGCCUGAGAGAAUCCUGGAAUGUAGAUGCAUCUGUAUCCCUGUGUUUAGGUACUCUGGUAACCUGAUCUCUGAAAUUUACAAGGUAGGGUUUUUCUUGGUGAUAGAAUGCCGCUUAGGGUAACUGAAGUGUCUGAUCAGCUGCCAAGGCAAAGUAUUUGUAGGGUGUGUUAUUGCAAUCGGGCUGUUGCCCAUCAUACCACGUAAAGGGUGUGUUCCAGUUCCUAGAGUUUGCGAUGUAAACAGGAGGAUUUUGGGAAAGCUGAUCUGAGUUGUCUCCCAUUCGCAUAAAGAAAGAGGCUAGUUCUUUGAGUGUGCACCAA